AUGGACAAGAUAGAAGAAGGAUGCGAUAUUGUCGUGCUCCAGACGCUUCGACUCCUUGAAGAGCGCAUGCGCCGCCUCGAGUUCGUGCUCGAUGGAGAUAUAAAGGAUGAACAACAACAACAAACCCAGGACCCAGUUGUGAAGCGCCUCCAAAAGCUCGAGGAGUCCUUGCACAAACUGACAUCCGGAUCAAGUGUCAUCGCGGAUGUUGUGCUUGUCCAAUCUCGACAUGCUGACCUCUUGAAUCCCCCGGAACCCUUGGAGGCCCCAGAGGCUCAGCCCGGGCUCGAAGCACCGCACAAGCUCGCAACGGUCCUAGCGGAAGCGCCCUUAUACCCAGCAACAGCCUCACAGCUGACGUCUCUUAAUGAUAUCCCAAUCCCACCAACGGAAUCCUUCGCCUCGCUCAUCGCGCUACAUCCACGCAUUGCGGCCGUGGCACGUAGACAGAACCAGCAUGCGAGGCAGAUUGCAUUUCUUUCGAAGAAGAGCGCGCAGCUGGUAUUGAAGUGGCAGAAGAUCUUCAUCAUCGGGCAGGGGAGGUGCUGGGUUGAGUGGGACAACAGGCUGAGGAAGGCGGCGAGGGAGGUCGGGAGGGUGGAAGUGAGAAGGGGAGGAGAAGGGGAGCUGUAA